AUUUAUUCUAACGAUCCCUGGGCCAGUAGCCUCUCCGCACGCGGCGCAGCACAUGUGUGGCCUUUCGCUAUCCUUUUAAGACGAUUAUUACGCCUUUAAGGCUGGCAUAACAUACUGUGUUUGUAAUGGCAAAGUUCAAUAAGGUACAAAAGAAAAGAACUCAAAAUGGUAUGCAUUUUCACCAGGCAAAGACACAGGCAAAUCAGUUCAGAAAAGUAAAGUUUAAAGGGGAAUAUACUCGAAAUGGGAACCAAACAAAUGCUGUGGACAUUCAGUCAUCAGAUUCUAUGACGAGAAAAACAAAGGAGGUGAAUUUAAGCCAGGAAAAUUCUAGUGAAACUUUUAAUGGUGAUGAUAAGACACAGAAUGGACAAAUUGAGAAUCACAGUAAAGAGAAGAAAGCCAAUAAAAGAAAAUGCAAGUGGAGGGAAAACUUGAAGAAGAAGAAAAUGAAAGCCAACGGUAGCAUUCCAGUCACAGAGGCUCCAACAAAGAGGACUCUUGAUGAUGAUUGUGAGGCCUCAGGGCCCAUGAAGUGGAAGAAAGAGGAGGAUGGCAUUCAGAAUGGUUCCACGGCCGAUAGCAGUGCAAGCAUUCCUAAAGAACCUGCCAGAAUGGGCAAACAGUUCUCAUCAAAUUGGAUGCAGUUAAAAACGAUUUUAGAGAAACAGCACAAGGCCUCAAAUCCACAUGGCACUGCUAGAGAAAAGAGAGACCAUAAACAAAAGAAAGCUGCUGCUGGGGGUGCUAAGAGGAGAGAACCCGCAGGCAAAGAGAAGCCGGACAUUUGGUUUGAUAAUGUGGACCCGUUGUUGCUUCAAACCGAGAACGAAAAUAACAAUUCCAUAGAUGGAGGUAGAAACAAGCACAAGGAUGGCCGUCCUCUGGAGAAUGGGCACGCUGCUGCAACUGCAAAGAAAUCAAAUGAAGAGUUGACUCAAGUUAUUGCCAUGGAUUGUGAAAUGGUUGGGGUAGGGAUGGAUGGCAAAGAAUCCAUUCUAGCAAGAGUUUCCAUUGUGAAUCACAGUGGGAAAGUGCUCUUUGAUAAGUAUGUCAAGCCAUUGGAAAAAGUUGUUGACUACAGGACACAGGUCUCUGGGAUCCGUCGUCGGGAUUUAGAGAAAGGCGAGGACUUCAAAACAGUUCAAAAAGAAGUGGCAGAUUUGCUCAAGGGAAAAGUCCUAGUGGGCCAUGCUCUGAAAAAUGACCUUAAAGUCCUCUUCUUGUCUCAUCCGCGUACACGUAUCAGGGAUACCUCAAAAUACAAAGGCUUCCGGCGCUUGUUCAAGGGUUCAACUCCGUCCCUGAAAAACUUGACGGAGAAAUUGAUUGGUGUCAAGAUCCAGCAUGGAGAACAUAGCUCGGUUCAGGAUGCCCAGGCUGCCAUGCGACUGUACACAGCUUUCCGCCGAGAAUGGGAGAACAGCAAGAAGCAGUUUAACAAAAAGAAAACUGCUUCUGUAAAAGAUAAAUCUAAGGAUAAGAAAUUAGAAGUGGAUGCAGAAAUGGAUGUAGAUGCAGAGUAGACAGACCACCAUCUGUUUAUAUCAAUCUCCAUUAUUUCAGAAUAAAGUAUAUCUAUAUAUC